AAGUGAAUAAUGAAACGAAGGCAUGUAACUCGAGUGUGAAUGCAACAUGACAUGUUGAGGUCGGCGCUUUGCGAUAGACCAGACAGAGAGUGGGCGCUAUGGGGAUGGAAAGGUAUAAGAAAGGCCUGUAGAACUCCCAUUAAAGACAGCCAGACCCUCAAUCAACAUUCACCAUCAUCACAUAAACACAACUAUCAUUCUCGUGUAUAACCAGAACAACCAUGCGUUUCAACUCGAUUUUGAGCAUGCUUCUUAGCUGCGGCCUUGCAGCAGCACACAUGGAAAUGAGCUGGCCGUAUCCCCUGCGCAGUCGGUAUGACCCUCAGAACAAAGGGAACGUCGACUACUCCAUGACUAGCCCCCUUCUGAGCGACGGUGAGA